GGAAAAGUCUGCAGUGUUACUGGGCGGGCGAGCCUGACAUCUUAUUUAAAGAUUACUAGACGAGCACACUUCGGUGUGCGCUCUUCGGGGACACAUUUUUCUUACUUUUUCUGCAGUUCUUCGAAAUAAUUGCUCCUGGCCCACCGUAAUGUCGCUGAACUCCAUUAAGUCCUUCCAGCUGGAGCUGGACGGUGAGGAAGACGCCGCCUUCACGAGAGGAGAGGUUGUGUCGGGCCAAGUGGUGUUGGAGCUCCGCAGGGACACCAAAGUCCUCGCCAUGAAGGUGCAGGGAAGAGGCUCGGCGGCGGCACACUGGCUGGAGAACCGUGGCAUGAACUCUGUCUAUAAUGACUACACCUCCAAAGUCACCUACUUCAGGAAGAGGCAACAUCUGAUCCGAGAUAAUGGAGAAGUUACCGUCCUUCCUGCGGGCAGACACGAGUUCCCGUUCAGCUUCCAGCUUCCGGAGGAGACGCUCGUCACCUCCUUUGAGGGUAAACACGGCAGCAUUCGUUACUGGGUCAAAGUGAAGCUGCACAGACCCUGGGCAGCCGUCAAGAAGAUCAAGAAGGAGUUUACAGUCAUUGAGCCCAUUGACAUAAACACACCGGCGCUACUGGCACCACAGGCCGGAACAAAGGACAAGAUGGCACGAACGUGGUACCGCAACUUUGGACAAGUGUCUGUCACUGCAAAGAUUGACCGUAAAGGUUACACGCCAGGCGAGGUCAUACCAGUUUUUGCAGAGUUUGACAAUGCCACUUCCCGGUCCAUCAUACCCAAAGCCUUCAUUACGCAGACUCAGACGUUCAUUGCCCGCGGCACCAUGAAGCAGAAGCGCUCAGUGGUGGCCACUCUCAGUGGCGACGUGGUGGGUGCCAGGUGCAGGGAGACCUGGCACGGUCGGGCCAUCAAGAUCCCACCCGUGGGUCCGUCCAUCCUGCAGUGCCGCAUCAUCAAAGUGGAAUACAUGCUUAAAGUGUGUGUCGACGUCCCGGGAACCUCCAAGCUGUUUCUUGAGCUGCCACUGGUCAUAGGCACCAUCCCUCUCCAUCCUUUCGGAAGCAGGACCUCCAGCGUCAGCAGCCAGUACAGCGUCAAUUUGGAGUGGCUGCGUAUGGCCAUCCCCGAGCAGCCCGAGCCUCCUCCUGAGUACAGCUCUGUGGUGACGGAGGGCGAGGCUGAGCAGUGCAGCAGCAACACGGCGUCUCCUCAACCCGUCGACGAGCUGAGCGGAAUCCUUGAGCGUCCCCUUAUGGCGUUUGUGCAGGAGUUUCGCUUCCGACCGCCGCCUGUGUACAGUGAGGUUGACCCCAAUCCUCAGCCCUUGAACAUAAGACCUCGCUGCAUGACGUGCUAAAUUGCAAGAUCCCGCCUGAGCGUUGAGCGACUUCAAUGAAUCCUGUGAAUCAGAAGGUCCGUCUUCUCCGAUUCGUCCUCUUUGAAAAGCGGCACCUGGUUGCAUCGGUGCUGCCGAGAGACUGUGGUGAGCGCCGUGGCGAUAGCCGCCGCCGGUGGAUGAAAGACGGCGUAGGAGCCCCUUGCUUUGUUUCCAGUCCGUACGUGGACUCUUUGCGGGUCUGCUGACAUGGAAACUGUGGCUCUCCAUCAGAGAACUUAGCCUUCUGAUAAGAGCUGCAAUAACCUCCCGAUUCCAAAUCCCCUGAUCUGAGAGUGAGAUUUUAGGAGUUUUGGACUAGUUGGGAGGGUGAGGGAUAUCAUUUUGUGCCCAGUGGGCAUUUCAGGUGUCAAAGUGCCAUAAAUUGACAAGUUUACGAUACAUUGUCAUAUUUAAAUGAUGUAAAGAAAGAAGUGCAAUUAUUGUCCAGUCUUUACGUCCCCCUUUAACACAACGGACGCUAACAUGAUGUGUUUUUAGUGCCUGUAAGAUUUCUACUGUUAACCGAGCACAUUACACUGAAUGAUAGUGUAAUAGUAAUUGCAGCUGGGAAGUUGAGUAAGCCAGACAGAGAUGUGUUUUUUAUGCAUGCAGUAAACCGUAUGUGAAAGGGAAAAUACAUAUACCUGAAAGUUUAUUGGUAAGUUGAAAAGAAAGAGAAUGGAACAAACAGUUGGACGGUGAACUUUGUAUUGUCAACGUAGUGUGGAAGUUUGUGGAUGCACGUAGCGGAAACAAAAGGUUGGUGUUAAAAAUGGCACACAGCUCACAGAUAAGCCUUAAAAUAAGCUUUAAAAUAGUGUUUACAGAUUAAGAUCAUUCCAAAAAAAAAAAAAAAACUCUGGGAUUAUCUAUUUCCUCUACUUCCAAAACAAAAAGUGAGUGUUGAGUGGGAAAGUAAUCUGGUGUCUGUAUAAUAGCAUGAAUGUCAUUUUUUAAUACAAAUGCAAUGUUAACUCUCAAUCUUGUCAAUGUUUUUAUUGAAAUAAACUAUUGAAUGAA